AUUAUAUUUCACAUUUAUGCUGGGUCGAUGUAUAAUCUGGCCCAUCUGGCGUAUCGGAAUCGGGAUGUCAAUUCCACCGGAAGUCACUGUGGACCUCGGCAACUUCUACGAUGACUUCCGACACGCACGUCUGGGGUAAUGCAGACUUCCGAAACGUUUCUGACCGGCUCCCAUAGCCAGUAAAAUAGUGUAAGACCGGCUAUGAUGAAGCCAGCUCGCGCUCGGAAUGCAUGUAUGAGAUGUCGCAGGCAAAAGUUGAAGGUUUGUUACCCCCCUGGACACAGCCGCGGUCUCAUACUAACAGCAUGUGAGUGCGACAAUAUACGGCCCUGCCAGCUGUGCUCUCGAGCUGGGGUAGACUGCCAAAGCGUCGUUAGUAAAAGGUAAAUGUGAAUCUUACUCAGCCUUAUGUUCCGAGACUAGCUAACUAACUUGCGACUGUUACCAGGAGGCAGCCCAACUUGAGACCACUGCGACAGAGAGAUAUCAGCGGUCUGAGCACCACUGGUGAACCGGCACCACCACGCCCUACCGUCGCUAGUGCUAUCGAAAGUACUCCUAUACAUGAAGCUGCCCCCCUUAUAAACCCACUUGCGGAAGAUCGGGGUCCUUCCACCUUCCACCUAGUUGAACAGCUUUUUCGCAACCAUCUGAGAAAUCUGCGACAGUCAGAUGCUAUUCCGGAUGGCCACCCAGCUAGCAAGAAUCCCGCCCAGGACACAGUUAAGAUACCAGUC